AUGUCAUUCAGCUGCUGUCUCAAGGUUGGCUCCUUCGCAAAGGGCACCCCAAAGGGCUCCAUCGAGAAGAUCGAUGGCAAGGACACCUAUAUCACCGGCGAUCGGAGCAGCAAGGCGGCCAUUCUCAUCGUCCAUGACGUCUUUGGUAUCUCCCUCGUGAACACAAAGGUCCUCGCCGACAAAUACGCAGCUGCCGUAGGCGCGGCAGUCUACCUGCCCGACUUCUUCGAAGGCAACGACUUCGUUCAGCAAGGCGUUCUGGAGGGCAAGAAGGUGGAUGUCCCAGCUUUCAUUGGGCAGUACUCCCCUCGAGAGGCAGCUUGGGAGAAGACUCAAGCUUUCGUGGGUGAGAUCCGCAAAUUGCAGCCGGGUGCAAAAAUUGGAGCGGUCGGCUUCUGCUGGGGCGCCACAUCCUGCUUGAAGCUGGGCGAAGACGGGCCCAACAAGGUCGACGCUGUCGCAUUUUGUCAUCCUUCGGUCAUCGAAGCAACGGACUUCUCGAACCUGGCUACCCCAGGCCUGUUCAUCUGCCCCGAGCAUGACCAGAUGUUCCCAGAGGAGAAGCGAAACGCUGCUUGGGAAGUCGCCAAAUCAACUCUUGGACCUAAGAAGGUCUUCACCUCCUUUGUCUACGUCGCCGGCCUUACGCACGGCUACGCAAUCAAGGGAGAUGACGAGGACGAGUUCACUGCUAUCGGAAUGCAACAUGCUGCAAACCUGGUCAUUUCCCACUUCUCCAUGUUCCUGAAGUGA